AUGGCAUGUCGGGUUUCCACAAGUUUUAGACGGCUAGCAGUAUCUUUUGUUUCUGUGGGGGCAUCCGUUGAUAUCUCUGCUAUUUGGCAGCUCGGAUUGUGUGAGAUAUCUUUGUCUGCCUCCCUGGGCUUGAGAAUGCUUUCACUUGUUCUUGGCUCAGACAUCAUCGAUGCAUCUAUUGCUGCUAUUGCUUCAAGCUAUUCUAUAUUAGAAUUGCUUGAUCUAAGUGGGUCUAGCAUCAGUGAUAGUGGCAUUGGAAUGAUUUGCAAUGUUUUCCCAAACACAUUGUCAAGACUCCUCCUUGUUCUUUGUCCCAACAUAACUUCAAGUGGAAUUCAGUUUGCCACGUCUCAACUACCUCUUCUUGAACUUAUGGAUUGUGGGAUGACAAUAUGCGAUCAUGAUUCUCAGAAUCCACCUUCUGAUCAAAAUUCUGACAGUGAAGUUCCAAAUGUGUUGAACAAUAAACUGCACCUUAUGUACCAGAAGCUUAUCAUCAAACACAGCCGACUAAAGAAACUCAGCUUGUGGGGUUGUUCUGGCUUAGAUGCUUUAUGUUUGAAUUGUAAGGGUUUGGUAAAGUCGGAAAUGUUUGGCACUGUUGGCCAUCGCAUUCCCUUUGACUUUACCGUUGACUGCAUGUUUGUUUAA